CAUAGGAUGUGGACCUGGAGAUGUAACAAAAGAUAUAAUCUUACCGGCUCUUGAUCCAAAUGCAAUAAUAAUUGGUACAGAUAUAUCAGAAAAUAUGAUUGAGUUUGCAAAGAAAACAUACAUUAAGGAGAAACGACUCGAAUUUGACGUUUUAGAUAUACAAACUAAAAAUUUGCCUACAAAAUAUGUGUCUGAAUUUGAUCUUGUACUUUCAUUCCAUGCUUUGCAUUGGUGCAAUGAUAUCAAACAAGCGUUUGAAAAUAUCUACCGUAUGCUUCGACCCAAUGGAAUUAUGCUUGUACUUUUUGUAACUUUUCAUAAUAUAUUUAAUGUUCUUGAAAACUUGAUACAUGAUGUCCGUUUUGCACCAUACAUAAAAGAUGUAAACAAGUAUACUUGGCCACUUCGAAAUUCAAUCAAUCCUCGCAAACAAUUAAAAGAACUGCUUCAAACACUCGGAUUCACUGUCAUUCAUUGCAGCCAUCGGGAUACAUUUCAUCAAGAUUCAAAUACGGAUAGAUUUUUGUCUUCUAUUAUGGCAUUCCUCGACUUUAUUGAUCACAUGCCACGUGAUCACAAGGAAGAAUUCAAAAAAGAAUUCAUUCAUAAAUUUGCAGAAACACAAAUUAUUUAUAAACAAAAAAAUAAUCAGAAAAUAGCAUUAGACACAUAUCGUAUAUUAAUAGCUUUUGCGCAAAAACAUAUGACAUAAUACAUACAUGUGUGCGUGUGCGUGGUUUAUGUGUGUGUAUAUAUAAAGAUUGAAACAUUUUUAAAAACCUUUCGCAAUAAUCAGUCCUGUAUAUCAGGAUAUCAUAAUAUUCUUUCUUUAAUACUUAGCAUCUUAACUAUUUCUCACUUUAAUUUAAACUAGCACUUUUUAUAUGUGUUGGUUAUAUACAUAUGUAGCUUUUAGUAUAAAAGAACAUAAAUAGUCAGCGAAUGUAUUUUGUUCAACUGUUAUACAAGAAUAUAACUCUUUAAAAGAUA